AUGACGGCGCAGCAGGAGGGGAGGGAGGUCCAGGUCCGGGCCCUCGAUGGGCGAUCCACGGUCGUCAAGCUGCCCCCCGGCGGCUCCGUCCGGGACCUCAAGGCCGCGCUCCGGACCUCAUUCCCGCCGGCGCAAGUCGCCCCCAGCUUCCACCUCUUCCUUAAGGGUGCUAAAUUGCGUUUAGACGCUGAGAUUGGCAGCCUUGCAAUCGGCGGCAAUGAAUUCAUUGUUCUCGUACCCUUCACAAGAAUGCCACAGCAACGUUCUUCAGUUUGCAUGGCAAGUCAAGAGCAGGGCCUCAAUCCACCAAAACAACCAGAGGUGUCUUCUGCGGCUAAUUCAGCUUGGCAAGACAUUAUGGAUGACCUCUCAGCAAUGCCAACCAGCCCACAGCCUGAUGCUGCUUCCAAAGAAUUUUACUCCUCACGUGACCCGUGCUCUGGGAGAUUUACGGAGGAUAUGACAGCGGGUCAAAGCUCGUCAAGUUGGUCAUCAAGGAAAAGGAGGAAAACAUGCAAGGAAAAUGGAAAUGGUUCCCCACAAAUGGUGUCCCCUGAAGCGAAUGGUACAGCUGAGAAACACAACAUAAGUAAGAAAACUGGGGUGGCCAAAUCUACUGCUAUGUCAUGUCAUGAUAUGCACCCUUUGGAACCUACUGAAAUGGUUGAACAUCUGAAACAAGGACUUGGAAAGCAGGAGCAGAUCGUACAUAUCCAAGAGAUAUCAUCUAGAGAGACAUCAUUUACAGAACUUCCAUGUAAUCUUUCAGAAGCUAUGAGAGAAGCGCUGAAGAGUAUUGGAAUAUCUAGACUGUAUAGCCACCAGUCUCAAGCCAUAAAGUCCUCUAUUUCUGGAAGGCACAUUGUCGUUGCAACUUCUACGUCAAGUGGAAAGUCUCUAUGUUACAAUAUUCCUGUUCUUGAAUCUCUUUCCCAAGACUCGAUGGCAUGUGCUCUGUACAUAUUUCCGACAAAGGCUUUAGCUCAAGAUCAGUUGAGGACUUCACUAGAGAUGAAGAAUGCAUCUCAUAUUGAUAUUGAUGUUAAAAUAUAUGAUGGUGAUACUCCUAGAGAAGAUCGUUUGUGGAUUAGGGAUAAUGCUCGACUGUUAAUUACCAACCCAGAUAUGUUGCAUGUGUCAAUCUUGCCGUACCAUGGUCAAUUCCAGAGGAUUUUAUCAAAUCUCAGGUAUAUUGUGAUCGAUGAAGCACAUUCAUACAAGGGGGCAUUUGGCUGCCAUACUGCACUUAUAAUUCGGAGAUUGAAGCAUAUUUGUUCAAAUGUUUAUGGUAGUCAUCCUACAUUCAUAUUUUGUACAGCAACCUCAGCAAAUCCAUGUGAGCAUGUCAUGGAAUUGGCCAAUUUGGAUGAAGUCGAGUUGAUUCAGAAUGAUGGAAGUCGUUGUGGUUCCAAGUACAUUCUCUUGUGGAAUCCCCCACUACAUAUGACAGAAGGAAGGUCAAAAGCUAGUUCAGUACCUAGGCGCUCAAGCUCAAUAGUAGAGGUUUCGUAUCUAUUUUCCGAGAUGGUUCAACAUGGACUCCGCUGCAUUGCAUUCUGUAAAAGUAGGAAGCUAUGCGAGCUUGUCCUAGCUUACACGCGUGAAAUUCUUCAGGAGACUGCAAAAGAAUUGGUAGAUUCUAUCUGUGUAUAUCGUGCUGGCUACAUUGCUGAGGACAGAAGAAAAAUCGAGGCUGAUCUUUUCGGGGGGAAACUUCGUGGAGUCGCUGCUACUAAUGCUCUUGAACUAGGGAUUGAUGUUGGGCAUAUUGAUGCAACAUUACAUCUUGGAUUUCCUGGUAGUAUUGCCAGCUUGUGGCAGCAAGCCGGUAGGUCUGGAAGAAGAGCAAAACAAUCACUAGCCAUUUAUGUUGCCUUUGAGGGUCCUUUAGAUCAGUAUUUCAUGAAGUUCCCACAUAAACUAUUUGGCAGGCCGAUUGAGCAUUGCCAAGUUGAUUCACAUAAUCUAAAGGUUUUAGGACAGCACCUUGCUUGCGCUGCUUAUGAACAUCCCUUGUGCCUGCAAUACGAUGAGCGCUACUUUGGCUCUAGUCUCGAUAUUGUUAUGACAACCCUUAAAGACAAAGGUUAUAUCAUUAAUAAUCGAGUUGGAUCUUUCUCUUCAAGCAUGUGGAACUAUAUUGGACCUGAGAAAAGCCCUUCACAGGCUGUAAGCAUAUGGGCAAUUGAGCAGGACAAGUAUAAAGUGAUUGACAAGUUAAAUAAUCGAUUACUUGAGGAAAUUGAGGAAAGUAAAGCCUUUUUUCAGAUUACUGUAUCAAGCGUCAUUUUCUUCAACUUCAGGUUUGUGAAGGCUUAUCUUCCUACAAGCACAUGUAAAACUAAUCGCAUGAAGACAACUGCUCAAGCAAAUGACUGUACGGUGACUACUAAAUGGUUUGGUUUUUAUCGUAUAUCAAAAUCGAGCAAUAAAAUAUCCGACAGCCUUGAGCUUAACCUGCCCCCAUAUUCCUUUAUUUCCCAGGCUGUUUGGGUGCGAAUUCCCCACUCAGUAAAGAUGAUCGUGGAGGAAAGAAACCUAGAGUUCAGAGGUGGCUCACAUGCUGCUUCGCAUGCACUCCUGAAUGUAGUGCCUCUGCAUAUGAUGUGCAGUGCUUCUGACCUAGGAACAGAAUGCGCGAAUCCUCAUGAAACCCGUGGCAUCCUGGACAGAAUCCUUUUAUAUGAUAGACAUCCAGGUGGUAUCGGCAUAGUAUCACAGGCCCAAAUGCUCUUCGGGGAACUUCUACUAGCUGCUUUAGAAUUCGUUUCCACGUGCAACUGCACAAGCGCCGUUGGCUGUCCAAACUGUAUCCAAUCACUGACAUGCAGCGAAUAUAAUGAGGUUUUGGACAAGGAGGCGGCAAUUUUGAUUCUAAAGAUGUAG